UGAUUUUCAUAAGCAAUUACAAUUACGACAUAUUAUGGCUACAAAAAGAAAUGUUAUAGUACUUGCGCCAAACGGUCGUCGGCAAAAUGUUCAAGUCACACUAAAUACCACAAUAUUACAAAUACUAGAAGAGGUCUGUAAGAAACAUGGAUAUAACACAGAUGAUUAUGAUCUCAAACACUUCAAUCACAUAUUGGAUCCUAAUGCUAUAUUUCGAUUCACUGGCUUAGCAAAUAAUGCGCAAUUAGAAGUGGUACCAUGUAAAAAGAUACGUUCUACUUCAGCUGUUACAAUAGGUAUUCAAUUAGAAAAUGGAGAAAGACUUAUGGGCGAAUUUAUACCUAAUACAUCAUUAACCGAAGUUUUGAAAAAUGUAAAACUUGAUGAAGAUCUUGAAAAAAUUAUGUUAGUCUACAUGCAUCAGAUGAUUUCUGGGGCAGAAGCUUUAAAAAAUACAACUUUAAAGUCAUUAGGACUUAAUAAUGGUAAAGCUAUAUUACGAGUGAUACAUAGAAAACCUCAAACCAUGAAUACUAUUGCUUCAACAAGCUCAGAAACAUUGAACAUUCACAAAAAUGCCAAUAUUAAUAAACAAAAUGAUAAAAAUAAAUGUUCAUUAACAAUGGAUACUAACAAAACAUCAGAUUCUAUACUUUUAAAAGAGGAAACACAUGAACUAAAAAAGUUGGAAGAAUGUUCUCAAAGUACACAAAGAGACAAAGAAAAUCAAAUGUUACCAUCUACUAGUAAGGAUGACUGUGUUGAAAAGCAGACUUUAGUAUACUCAUGCAAUAAGCGGGAAAUAGAUGACUUAAAUAAUGUAGAAUUUCUAGGUGAAAGAAAUGCUUUAGUAUUCAAUCAAGCUUCGAUUCAAGGAACAUUUAGAGAUGAAUUACCAGAUGAUUUUUACGAUUUAACAGUUGACGAUGCAAAGAUACUAUUGAGAGAUGUCAAACGUUAUAGACAACAGUUAGAAGAAGCACCGCUUCUAACAAAUGUUCAACGAAAGUUAAAUCAAGACAAACAAACAUUGAAUCAAUUACAUAAAUAUCGUUACACAAUAAUCCGUAUACAAUUUCCAGAUGAGUUUGUUCUUCAAGGUUUAUUUCGACCAAUGGAAAGGGUACAAACAAUUAAAGAUUUUAUAAAAAAUUAUUUGAUUGAUGCAAAUAGUGACUUUAUAAUCUUUACUACUCCACCAAAACGUAUUUUAGAUCCUAAAUCUCAUUUAAUUAAUGAAAAUUUAGUUCCAUCUGCUAUUAUUCAUUAUUCGGGACCAUCAGCUCUCAAAUUGGAUAUAAAACAAAAAUUUACAGAUCCUAAGAAAGUUGAAAUGCAGGUGACUAAAAUUAGAAUGUCAAUGAUAAACCAAGAACAUCACGCAAUAGAUGAAGACACGGAAAUGAAUGAUGCAAACGAUGUGUGA